CGGAGGCUCACGUGCUGCCCUCGACGCCCCACCCCUUCCGCCUCCUCAUUGGCUCUCACGGGACACGUGCGGAAGGGGGUGUGGCCGUGGGCGCGGCGGGCGCGAGGAGCCGCGCGGACUCGGGCUCGAGGCCGCAUGGACGCCCUUGCGCUGGGCCGGUGGCGACGGCGGAGGCAGGAGGAGCUCCAGCUUACGAGCGAAGCGAAACGGCUGUGCAGGCGAUCAGAAGCCAGUGCGCCCGAGCGAGGGUGCCACCAGGUGGGCACAGGCGUCCUGGCGUCUGGCAGCACAGAGGACCCUGCCCCCAGGCCCGAGGGUGGCCAGGGGAGACCCAGUGCAGUGAUCCUGCAGAGUGGCUCCAGGAGCGCCGCCCAGCCUUGCCGGAGGUGUAUUGCCGGGGAGUCUGGGCAUUUCAGUCAUUCCGGGAGUCCCUAGAAGAUGAAGCUGGGAAAGGAAGCCUCCAGCUGGGCUCCGACUCCUCCCCGCGGCAGCAGGUGCUGGGCUCCGGCGGAUGGGCUUUGCUUGGGCACCCACCUGUUUGAACAGCAGCCCAGGGCUCGCUGCCCGGGACCCACCGUCCUCGCGUGGGAGCCUGGAGGCCCCACGUCCCUUCCACAGAGCCUCCUCUGAGUGUGUCCUGCCGGAGAGGGAGAGCAAGCGUAUCAUCUAAAAGUAAAACGCAGUCUGCGUCAAACUUCCGUGCGGCUUGGGGACCCGUGGCUCCUGCGGUCGUGUCCGGCUGGGGACCCGUGGCUCCUGCGGUCGUGUCCGGCUGGGGACCCGUGGCUCCUGCGGUCGUGUCCAGCUGGGGACCCGUGCCUCCUGCGGUCGUGUCCGGCUGGGGACCCGUGGCUCCUGCGGUCGUGUCCAGCUGGGGACCCGUGCCUCCUGCGGUCGUGUGCGGCUGGGGACCCGUGGCUCCUGCGGUCGUGUCCGGCUGGGGACCCGUGGCUCCUGCGGUCGUGUGCGGCUGGGGACCCGUGGCUCCUGCGGUCGUGUGCGGCUGGGGACCCGUGGCUCCUGCGGUCGUGUGCGGCUGGGGACCCGUGCCUCCUGCGGUCGUGUGCGGCUGGGGACCCGUGGCUCCUGCGGUCGUGUCCGGCUGGGGACCCGUGGCUCCUGCGGUCGUGUCCAGCUGGGGACCCGUGGCUCCUGCGGUCGUGUCCACUGCAGCCCUGCUUUGAUGCUUUCCAGUUGUUUUGUGGAUGUAUCCAGGACUGCCAAUAUACUCUUUUUAAUUAAAAGAUUUAUUUUUAUAAUUGAAAGGCUCUAUAAUCUUGAAGUGAAUUUUGCUAAAUGCUACGAGCCCAUCUGUUCCGUGUAAUUCUCUAACUGAAGUGAUUGGACAGCACCUCUUUUAUAUUAAAAUGGAGAUUGCUUGUU